AUGGCCCACUUGAAGACACAGAUGGACUUGCUUGCCAAGCAUUUGCUAUCCAACAAGACAGAAAUAGUUAAGGCCGUGGAAUUUCAGGGUACUGUGUCUACAGGUGCUAAUGCUGAGACAAACUAUGUGAAACUCACGACUAAACGCUCUUGUUUGGCGAUUACCACUCAAAGUGGAAAGAUAUUAUCUGGCCCUUCUAUGGGCAAAGCUAUAGAGAAGAAGGUAAAUAUUGAUGAAUCAGAAGGAAGCAAUCCAAUGGAAUCUGAGAAGAUGGAUGGUUUUGUUGAUAUUUCAGAGAAAAAAGAUAAAAAAAAUGGGAAGUGGUCGGUGAAACGACCAGUUGGUAUAUUGCACGAUGUGCCAUUGAAGGUGGAUGACUUUAUUCUGCCUGCAGACUUCGUGAUAUUGGAUUGUGAUGUUGAUUUUGAGGUACCCAUCUUCUUGGGUAGACGAUUAUUAGCCAUGGAAAGAGUGUUGGUUGAUAUGGAUCUCAAUGAGCUAAAGUUCAGGAAGAUGCUAAGAGUUGUACAAAGGAGGUGA